AUUAAAAGACGGUGCUGGUGGGAUUUCAGAGACACCGAGCCUGAAGAUUUACAGAGGACGAUUCUGAGGGGUUUUGGCUGCUGACCUCAGGUGGAGGACCUGCCAUGAAGCCCCUGGAGCAGAGGCAGCUCCCCAGGACGGUGCUGUGUGCCCUGUGCGUGCUGGCCGUGCUGUCCCCGGCCGAGGUGCUCUCGGAGGAGAUCAAGGAGCAGCUCAGGGCGUCCGUGGCCAGGAUCGCCGUCAACUCCACGCCCUGCAGCGUCACCUGCGGGCCGGGCCUCAGGGUGGAGGAGAUGUGUGAGGUGACUCCAGCCGGGGAGAGGAGGAACUGCUCCCUGGUGGGCUCCUACUGCCUGGUGGGCUCCCUGUGCGGGCUCCGGCACCUCCGCGCGCCCGCAGGGCGGCCCCUGCGCCUCACCUGCCUGGCCCCCGGCGCCCCCCGGCCCGGCAACCACACCUACCGCUACACCUGGGGCCUGGCCCGAGGCCUCAUCACCACCAACGACCUCCUGUUCCAGCCCCUGAGGAACUCCAGCCCUGCCCUGGCGUUCUCCCCGGCGCGGGAGGCGCACGCCGGCACCUACCGCUGCGACGUGCGGCUGCUGGGCGGCCCCAAGCUCGUCAAGAGGGUCUACUUCGGCCUCAGGGUGAUCCCCGGGGACCUGGUGGAUCUCAGCUUCCAGCAGGCCUCGAGCUGGGAGCAGAAGUUGGUGGCCCACCUGCAGGAGGGGAACGGCAGCCGGGAAGGGCAGGAGCGGUUCUGGCGGCAGGAGGAGUUUUACGAAGCUGCGCUGGGGAUUGGGAGCGGAGUGGUGGGGGGAAUCCUGCUGAGCCUCCUGCUCUGCUGCCUCCAGAGGCUCUGGAGGAGGAGAGGAGCGGAGAAAUGA